CACGCUUGUUUACCCGUCCUGAUAAUGGCGGCUCGAUAUCUUCUUGCUGGUAUUACAGCAGCGGGAUUGGCCUUUUGGUACGACUUCAAGAGCUGGCAGAGUUUCGGCACCGGCGGCACGCCACCAACACUGCAAGGCUAUCUCAAGAUUCGGCGAUGGGGACUCUAUCUGCUCUACUCGCGACAAAAUCUUCUGGAUCCAUCGCCAAUUCCUGAUUCGGGGGAAUCAUACAUCAAUCCGGAAAAGGUCCCAAACAGACCAGGACCCCGGCCAGGACUUACGCGCUGGACGCUUCCUCAGCGCCAAGUCCCGGAGAACAUCACAGCAGGUGCAUCCGCUACACUUCACAAUCUGAUGCAAGAAUUCGCCAGUACUGCACCUUACAAUGAAUACAUUGAGACCCGACCAAGCAAAACGGAGGGUGGUACUGGCCCUGCUAUUUAUGUAAAAGAAGGCGUCAAGACCAUCAAUCCUGUCGCACACAAGAUCUUCUAUGAAGUCGCCCAUGUUCACCCUGCAGAAAACUCGCUACACGUAUAUGUUAGUCCUCAAGAUGCGAAGCUGGUCAUGAACCGAGGCUGGGGCCAGCGUUUCCCUGUGACAUGGAUAGCACCGCCGAGCUGGAUCAUGGUGUACGCACCGAGAAACGAGGAUGAGGUUGAGAUUGUGCGAGAAAUUGUUAGAGCCGCUAUAUGCCACGCCGUGAGCAUGAAUAUCGACGAGUAAAUGGAAUGAAUAGCGUGCUGGCUUUUUUUUAAUUGUCUUAGGUAUAUCAAAAUUGUUUUUCGACUCAUACAAAAAUAGUUCGAAGAGACUGUAGUCAAAACGUGCUACGAUUCUAAAACAAACUCAGCCCUGUAACUACCAAACAUCCGCAAGUAUAGCAUCCAG